GCUGAGCGGCCUGGCAGGGCAGGGGGCUGCGGCUGCAGCGCUGGCACCCCCGGGCCGCCCGCCUGGCACCCCCGGGCGCCCGUCCCGCCGGCAGAGUACUGUAAUUGAAAGUGCAUCUUCUACAUUUGAGGAAGAACAAAUUCAUGAUUGAAUGGUGGAUUAAUAAGUAGCUGUUUUAUUCCAAGAGUAAGAAGAUACCCUGGGAUUUGGGGAGAACUGGAUUUUCACCCUAGUCCAGCAGCUUUGCUGCUCACUUAAACACAGAUGAAUGAAGACCCCAUUUGGAAAAUCACCAGGUCAGCGGUCCAGAGCUGAUGCAGGUCAUGCAGGAGUGUCUGCCAGCAUGAUGAAGAAAAGAACUUCCCACAAAAAGCAUAGAAACAAUGUGGGACCAAGCAAACCUAUUUCUCAGCCACGAAGAAAUAUUGUAGGCUGCAGAAUACAGCAUGGAUGGAAAGAAGGGAGUGGACCUGUAACACAAUGGAAGGGUACAGUUCUUGAUCAAGUUCCUGUAAAUCCCUCUCUCUAUCUUAUAAAGUAUGAUGGAUUUGACUGUGUGUAUGGACUAGAACUGCACAAAGAUGAAAGAGUUUCAGCACUUGAAGUUCUUCCAGACAGAGUUGCUUCAUCUCGAAUUAGUGAUGCCCACCUGGCAGACACAAUGAUUGGUAAAGCUGUGGAACAUAUGUUUGAGACAGAGGAUGGCUCAAAAGAUGAAUGGAGGGGGAUGGUUUUGGCUCGAGCUCCUAUUAUGAACACAUGGUUUUAUAUUACCUACGAGAAAGAUCCCGUCUUGUAUAUGUACCAACUCUUAGAUGAUUAUAAAGAAGGUGACCUUCGCAUUAUGCCCGAUUCAAAUGAUUCACCUCCUGCAGAACGGGAACCAGGUGAAGUUGUGGACAGCCUGGUAGGCAAACAAGUGGAAUAUGCCAAAGAAGAUGGCUCAAAAAGGACUGGCAUGGUCAUUCAUCAAGUUGAAGCCAAACCAUCUGUCUAUUUCAUCAAGUUUGAUGAUGAUUUCCAUAUUUAUGUCUACGAUUUGGUGAAGACAUCCUAGACGUCAUCGUGAACUUUUGCCAAAUUUGUGGAACUAUUAAAUGUAAAAUUUGUAGACACAAAGACUUGACUGCUUUCCAGUUUAAUGAAAGCUUAAAUGUCCCUGCGAACCCACAAUCUCUGCCAGCAAAACUGUUUUGUUCUGAAUAAUAUAAACAAACGUGACACAUUUUGUGUAAGAGAGCUCCUUUUCUUGAAGGAAGUCAAUAUAUUUGGGCAGGAGGGAGUUAAAAGCAAAGAACAGCUGCAAAUUCAAGCUGUGUAAAGUUGAUCUAGUAUUGUAAUCAUUAAUCUAAAUUUUUUCAUAGAUUUUAACUUUUUCUUCAACCUUGCACUCACUUGUCCAACUGCCACAUGCAAGUGUAGUUUGAUAUUUUGAUAUGCCUUCUUUUGUAACAUUAAAUUUAAUUUCUUGGCUACUGGCAGUCCUUGUUUUCAGGGUUGGGACAGAGGUGACUUUUCUGAAAGGUUUAAACAGUUUGUGUAGCAUUGAGGAGUGCCUAACCCAAGUAACAUCAAUCUCUGUGUUUCUACACUUUAUUUCAAAUUUAGCUUUUUAAGAACUUGCAGUACAUGGAAAUACUUGUGCAUUUUUACUAGUCACAGGGCAGUAGGGUAUCAAGUGUUUGACUUACUCACCUUUCAGUGAAAAGGCUUUAAACUAUAAAAAUAUAUUUAAUCUGUAUAACCAGUUAAUUAGAAAAUGCAGAUUAAUGGCCCAUAUUUACAAGUUGUAGGAACCAGUGAAAUACAUGCAACAAGGCUGCCUUCAAUCCUAAAUGUUGUACUUUUUUCUUUCUUUGUUAUACACACUUCUUAGCAAAACCCAAGUGCUUGGUGCCACAACUCUUAACAGUAUAUAUGCUACUUCAGAAGACUUUAGACUACGCAUUGGCAAUCAGUAGUCUCUCAUUUAAUAUCAAAACCUAGCAACCUGAAUGUUUGUGUGUGGACUUAGAAGCCUAACAGUAGUUAAUAUUUUACAUGGUAAAUACAAUCU